AUAGGAGGUGGGCCAGGAACUAAGAAUAGGUUUGGGCCUAGGCUCCUGGCUCGGGUUGGGGUGUGCGGGUGCCAGCCAGGAAGUAGGCUGCUGAAGCCAGAGAACAGAGCAGGGAGUGGGGAGCAGGGCGCAGGGUUCCAGGGACGGGGACAGAGUCCGGUUCAGCUCAUAAACAGCAGAUAGGAUGGGGCUUAGGGAGAGGGCAAGGGUUGGGGCCCAGCACAUUGGUGCAGGAGCCAGGAGGUGAGUUUGUGCUCGGAGUAAGCCCCCACCUAGUGCCCAUGGCCUUCUUGGUGGCUGGGACCCUGCAGGUGGCCUCGCAGAUGGCAGUUGCUCAGGGGAGCCUGGAAAGAAAGGGGAAGUACAGCGUGCGAGGCCUAAGGGUAGCCCUGACGCUCAGCAGCCCCGAGGUGUCGGCCUCUACAGUCGCUGUCCUGGAUGGCGUGUUCCGGGCCUUGGGCUUUGAGAGCUGCCGGAGGAGGGGAGCCUCGGUCCAGGGCUUCCCUAGGGAGCUGGCUGGGUUCCGGGAGCAGCUAGAUGCCCACAGAGGCCCUGUGGGCUGCGCCCUAGUGGCCGCGGUGGCUCCCAGGGGGCAGCUGAGGCAGCCACGGCAGCUGGUCCGUGAGCUGAGUUGCUGUGGGGCCCUGCGGGGCUGCCCCAAAGUCUUCCUGCUGCUCUCAAGUACUCCUGGGGCAGCCCCCGAGCCUGGAGCCUUCCUCACCGGCCUGCAGGAGCUCUGUGGCCGCUCUCCUCACUGGCCUCUGCUGCAGCUGCUGACAGAGGUCUUCUGCAGGACGGCGGAAGAGACCUCAGGGACCACCUACUGCCCAGUCCUGCGGAGCUCCCUGCGGGGCGCGCUGUGCCUGGGGGACGUGGGGCCCUGGGGGCCCGAGCCAGCACCCGGCCCCAGUGCUCAGUAUGACCUGUCUGGAGCCAGAGCUGCGCUCCUCCUGGCUGUGAUCCAGGGCCGGCCCGGGGCCCGGCAUGAUGUGGAGGCGCUGGGGGGCCUCUGUGAGGCCCUGGGCUUCGAGACCACACUGAGGACGGACCCUACAGCCCAGGCCUCAAUCUUGUCCCCACUCCAGGCUUUCCUAGAGGAGCUGGCCCAGUUCCGGGAGCGGCUGGAUACCCAUAGGGGCCCUGUGAGCUGUGCCCUUGUGGCCCUGAUGGCCCAUGGGGGGCCUCAGGGCCAACUGCUGGCGGUUGAUGGGCAAGAGGUGUGGCCAGAGGCACUGGUGCAGGAGCUGAGUGGCUGCAGGGCCCUGCGGGGCUGCCCCAAGGUCUUCCUGCUUCAGGCUUGCCGUGGGGGGCACAGGGAUGCUGGCGCAGGGCCCACACUUCUCCCCUGGUUCCAGCGCUGGCUGCAGGUGCCACCAGCCACUUCCUCCCACGCAGAUGUCCUCCAGAUCUAUGCCGAUGCCCAAGGCGGCAUCUGCAGUGGCCCCACUCCAGGGAGCUGUGACCAAGCAGACAUCCUGACUGUCUAUGCAACUGCUGAGGGCUGUGUAGCGUAUCGGGAUGAGAAGGGCUCAGACUUCAUUCAGACGCUGGUGGAGGUGCUCAGAGCUGAACCCCAGGGAGACCUUCUGGAGUUGCUGACUGAGGCCAACCGGCAGGUGUGUGAACUGGACGUGCUGGGCCCUGACAGCGAUGAGCGGCGCAAGGCCUGCCUGGAGAUGCGCAGUUCGCUGAGGCGCCGGCUCUACCUGCAGGCCUGACCUCACCUGUGGCUACCCAGGCAGUGCUGGCAAUGGGUGGUUACACCCCAGCCACCACCAACUCCAUCCACUCCCCGGUUUCCUCAUGCGUAAAUGGGCAGACAGCACGGUCGCUGGGCUCGACUGGCGUGCAAUAAACAUCUGUUGAUCGCUGUA